GAUAGGUAUUGACUGUAGUUGAAGUAUAGGUCUGUGGUUGGAGAAAUUGAGGUAACAGGUUCAAAACAACAGUUGGUUUUGACAUGAUAAAGACAAUGCAAUAUCAACAUACGUUACAAUGCAUGUUUAUGUAUAUUUGUUUCCUUUUUUUAAUUGAGAAAUUGCUUUUGUAGAAGAAUUAUUAAAGAAGUCAAUGAAAAGAAGAACACUGCUGUGACUGCUAGUACCGGGAUGGCAAGUUUGCAGCUGGGGAUGAGAGCCACAACUCUGCAUCAUUGGGCUGGAAUCCUGGAUGGUCGCUAUUCCCACCAAACCUUAGGAGAACUAUUUGAUAGUGAUGAUCGUUUUGCAGGGGCAAGGAAAAGAAUUCAAGCAGCACAGUGUUUAAUUAUCGAUGAAAUAAGCAUGUUGUCUUCCCGUACAUUUGCCAUGAUUGAAUUUGUGUGUCGUCAUGUGAAGGGAAACGACCAAGUGUUUGGUGGAUUGCAGGUCAUAGGAUGUGGAGAUUUUAAACAGUUACCUCCGGUUCCCAACCUUCGAUAUGAGGAUGACGGAAGUUAUUGCUUCCAAAGUAAGAAAUUCAAUAUGACAUUUCCUCAUCAUAUUAAUCUCUUGGAGAUAAAGGAAAUCAUUAGGCAACAACCCAAAUCACCACAACAAUGGACUCAAACAUUCAGCAUGCUGAAUAGUUUUGUGACCAGUGAGCUGCAUUUGACAUCCAUGCAGAAAUUGUUCCAGAAUGAAUUUGUAACGAAACUGCAAAAUAAACUUUCCACAAAAGUAGCCUUUUGGCUCAUGGAUAAAGAGAUUGCAAAGAUGGCAGCUGACAUUGUUCAAAAACAAGCAGAAGAAGCGGAACAGCUACAAAUUCACUCUGAAUUAUCUUCUGUAGCUAAAGGGAAGAUUCGUUAUCUUACUGGAGCUUGUGUACAAAGAGUCGCAAAGAGAGUUAGAGAAUCUGUGUUAAGAACAGUGGGCAAGUGUAGCAAGAAAAGUAGAACACUUAGGAAACUAGAGUACAAGAAACAGGCCAUGUUGAAAAACUUUCGGGUUAGUGAUACGAAUGAGGACACUAUGAAUGAAAUUGAAUUUAAACAAGGCCCCUCAAGAGGACUUACCAUUGUCAGUGAGCCAGUGUAUGAUUUUUUUGUAUUGUUAAAUCAGGUCACCCAAAAAAGUCUCAGUGAUAAAUAUUUUCAUUUGUAUUAUGAAAAUUUGCACACCAAAUGUAGAGAGGCUGUAGAUUCAGAUAACAAUUUGAUUGAUACUUGGAUUUCACUGUUUGAAAAUAUUAAUCUCAGUGAUGAUUCUGAAAUAGAAGAUGAAUUAUACUUAACACUUAUCAUGGAACUAUUUAGAGAUGUCACUGAACAUUUUAUACGAAUUGCCUUUGUUGAUGCACUGCGUCAUUUUAAAACAACAGUGCCACGAAAGAAGAAGCAGGCUUUACGAACAAAAGUACAAGCUUUGGGUGAUAGAGACACUUCAACCUCAAAGGCAAAGAAAUCCAAAGUAAAUAAAACUGUGGAAAGCACUGAAACCUCAAAGGCAGAAAAAUCAACAGUUGGUGAAUCGGCUCAAGAAGAGGUUUUCCUCUGCAAAAAGUGUAAGGCUGAAUGUGAAUGGGAACCAGCUGAGGUGAAGAAUGAAAGUCUUGCAUGUGACAAGUGUAAUGGCUGGUUCCAUUAUAAAUGUGUAAAUCUAAAAGGAACAGAAGCUUUCCUGAAAAAAUCAAAAUCAUCAUGGUUUUGUGCUGGCUGCAGCAAAAAGGGAAAAGGACGAGGAAAGGGCAAAUCUUGAACUUUAGGAUAAAAAUGGUAACUUUGUUUAGAUUACAUGAUAUCCUGAGCUAUUUCAGUAUGCAUCCUUCACAUUUUAAUACCAAAAUAUUGAAUCAUGAACUGUUUGUAUUUGGGACUACAGAUCUGCUUUAAUAGUUUAGUGGUUAGAGCACCUAGGUAAUGUCAAGUAGACCCUCAGUCUUAAAGUUAGUGUAAUUCACAUCCAAUGUGAUGUGAAGAUUUUAUUAGUUUCAUACUAAGGUUAUUGGAGGAAAACUAUCUUUGUUUAUCACUACCUACUCAUUGUAUUUGCAUGUACUCCUUAUGUACAUGUAGGUAGAUUGUAAUUGCAUAAAUUUACAUUAUGGGUCAUUAGUACAAGUACAUUAUGUAACACAUAAAUUAAAAGAUCUGCAACUGCCUUCUCGUGUAAUGCAUAUCCUGCUGGCACCAAUUUUAGAUACUGUUUCUUUACAUUUUAUAAUGGUUAGUAUACAUGUUUUCUAAAUAAAUGUUAGAAAGCUAUUUUUUCUUUUCAUUCAACUUUUUUUAUAUUAUUAUCUGAUAAUCUGUUUUCUGGAUUUUUUAUUUUUUUUUUAAACGGCUUGAAGGAUCAUAGUGAAAAACAUUCACAGUGUGAAUGGGUUGGUCACUAACUGUGUAUAUGCAUGUAUAUAUGUGUGUGUGCUUAUAAUUAGACAAUUUUAAAGUGACCAUAACUUUGGUAAUUGACACAUAACACUUGUACUAUAUAUUUGUAAGUAUUUGAUCUUAAUGCCUCUGUUUCAAUGAAUUAUGUCGAAUACCAGCAUACUAAAUGUAUCAGCUAUUCUUUGGAUUCGCACUUGCUACCUUGUUUUUAAUAAAAAUCUCUUUUAUAGGUCAUGUGGUUCAAAUUAAUCACCUACAUGCACAUGUUUUGAUUUCUUAUUGGAUUAUUCAUAAACAUGUUUAACUGGGGUUUUUUUGUUGGUUUUUUUAAAAGUAAAUUCUAUUGAUGUGAAUACCAUAGUGUCAACUAAAACUAAUGCAUUAUGAAAUCAAAUUUAUAGGUCAUGGAUCAGUGUUUGAAAUUAACCAUAGACCGAGUUUAUGGCACUGGUCUAUGCUAACUGUAAUUUGAGAUAGACCAAAUGGUCUAUGCCGAUUUUGUAGAAUUAAAGCAAUAAAGUUAUCCCUAAGGACCCUGUCAGUUGAUGUCUGAUAAACGACUAAACGUUAUGGUAAUGGAAAGAAAAUAAGCUUUCUAAGUAUAUUAGAAGUAAAUGAAAAUGUUUUAUAUUUGUGGGGUUUUUUUUCAAUGAUGCGGUCUAUGCCAAUUCGAUGUCAUCUUGUGUUGGCAUAGACCCGUGGUCUAUACUAAGUUUUAAACCUAUUUCGAACACUGUCAUGGAUGUUAGGCAUCUUGUUAUAAUUGUUGUACAUCUCGUGGAAUGCUACCUUUGUUUAUAUUUAAAUGGUUGUAUAUCAUAUAUUGGCCCUUUAUAAAAAAAAAUUCAUUCAUACUCGCCCUUCGCUAUGUUCAUGGGCACUGAUGACGUAUCCAUGAGUUAAAAUUCAGGAGAGGGACAUUAAACAAUAUACAAUCAAAACCAGAGGAAAAGUUGGGAGUUGACUUUUCUAAACUUUUCCAUAGGCUUCUAAUUUGGAGGGGAGGGGGGGAUUCAAUACUGAUCCUUCUCCACUUAAUGGUUUUAUUCAUAACUUUCCAGCUGACAUUCUUCUCAUUCACUGCUAUGGCCAUAGGAAGUGGGUCUGUCACCCAAUAAAUCUUAUUUCAAAAUGAUAUAUGCACACUUGAAUUUAAAACAAGUGCAUGUAAUCUGUGUUACAUCUGACACAAGAGUUAGAAAUUUUAACAAUAAAGUAAGCACUAUGUUCACUUAUUGAUACAAUUUCAAUCUCCUGUGCUGUGUGUGUGUAUAUAUAGAUAUCCAAAUUGUUGGGUUAUUUUUAAAUCACAG